GAGAUAAAGUUGUCGUGGGACGCCCCUUUGCCAAUAGUAAUCUUCCUAGGAGCCUUGGGAAUUUGUUAUGUAGCUCGGUGAGCAAAAGUGGGCAGUAAGCAACACGGGGGGCGGAUCCUUGCCUUAUCGUUACUCCAAAAGAUGCCAUCUCAUCAACUGCUUGAGUCAACUAUGGAUCACAUGCCAGCAGUUCGGCCUGACAAGGCUCUGCUUACCUUACAUUGUCGGUCAACAGUUCAGUUCACAGGCCUAUCAUUAGUGACCGGCCUUCCUUGCAAAAACGAAUGUUUUCCUACUUCCAACAAUGCAUUUGCGCCAGCCUCAUUCCCCGUCCCGGGAUCACUUCACAGAGAGGAUGAAGCAUCUCUAGACAUGUGCAAGGCUGCCAGAUAGUUAUCCUAGUUGGUUUAAGAUGGGCUGAAGAAGGGUUGUCAGCUAACCCGGCGGCUUACUCGGUACUUCUGU